AACACGACCUUCCAUUGGAGUCUCUUCAUGUCAGUCAAGUUCUGUCUGCCGUUCCUCUCUGCUCCCAGCACUGCUGCACAGGCGACCAUAUCGGCCGUCAGGGAGAGAACGGGAAUCACAGGCCUGGAUUAUGAAAAGAUUCAAAAAAUGUCGAGUUUUUAAUCGAUGCUUGCUUCUAGACAAAUCACUGCGAUAAUAGCCGCCGAUAUGAAUACGUGUAUUUUAUUUACUAAAGCUACACAUCAGGAGAAUUUCCCCUCGACUUUUUGUGAUAUAUAUUUUUCGCAAACAAAAGAAAACUGUCCUGAAAAUAAUUGAGGAAAGGAAGGAGCAAAGGUGCAGGCGGCCCACCCCAUGGAGAGGGUGGGUAAGGUGUGGAGCAACCUGAAGAGGGGAUGCCAGUCUCUGCUCCACCCAGAUGGAGGUGCUCGCGACCAGGCUUCGCCACAGGAGGCCAGCCCCCCCAGGCCACCAGCCUCCAGCCUGCCCCUGGUGGCUGGGAGGGCCAACAACAGCAACAACAACACUAGCAGCAUCGGCGGCUUGUCGGGAGGCUCGAGCAUGCGGCGGCCCGGGCAGAACUGCGUGGUGGACAUGGCCCAGGUGCUGGAGAUCACGCUGGAGCAGGACGUGGACGGCCGGCCGGGCCAGCUGGGCACCCGCCGGGACUCGUACUCGCGCCACGCGCCCUGGAGCGGCAAGAAGCGCCACUCGUGCUCCACGCGGGCGCAGGGCUCGCUGGAGGGGCGCGAGCGGGGAGGCAGGGGCCGCUGCCGCCACCGGGGCGAGGAGCUGGAGUCCGGCGGGGGGUCGCGCUCACUGCGGCAGCAGCUGCAGGACACGGUGGGGCUGUGCUUACCGCUGCGCUGCUCCACAUCACGCACGCCGCCCAAGCGCAAGAUCCACCUGACCGAGCUCAUGCUGGAGACCUGCCCCUUCCCCCCCGGCUCGGACCUGGCGCGCAAGUGGCACCUCAUCAAGCAGCACACGGCGCCCGUGGCUGCCGGCUCGGGCUCCUCCUCGUCUUCGUCCUCGUCGUCCGCCCCGGCCGCUCUCCCGCCCUCUGCAUCUGGCCAGCAGGACUGGCCUCGAGGAGGAGGAGCAGGAGCAGGAGCAGGAGGAGGAGGAGGAGGAGGAGGAGGAGCGGCGUCGGCCGAGGACGAGGAGGAGCGCUUGCGGGAGCGGCGGCGGCUCAGCAUCGAGGAGGGCGUGGACCCGCCGCCAGACGCCCAGAUCCACACGGUGGAGGCCCUGGCCCCGCUGGCCUGCCUGCACAAGCUGGGCCCCAAGCUGGCGCCGGGGCUGAACGAGGGGCCGGCCGAGGCCAGCGGAGGAGGGGCGCGCGGGGGACGAGGAGGAGGAGGAGGAGGAGGAGGCGGGAGCGGCGGCGCGGACUGCGACUCGGAGGAGGAGGACGGCACCACGCUGUGCCUGCAGACCCGCCGCGCACGCCAGCGCCACAACCAGCCGCCCCCCUCGUCCUCCAGUGCCAGUGGCAGCGCCGCCGAGGGCCCCUGGCGGGUCCACACGCAGAUCGACUACAUCCACUGCCUGGUGCCCGACCUGCAGCAGAUCACGGCGCUGCCCUGCUACUGGGGCGUGAUGGACCGCUACCAGGCCGAGGCGCUGCUGGACGGCCGGCCCGAGGGCAGCUUCCUGCUGCGCGACUCGGCCCAGGAGGACUACCUGUUCUCCGUCAGCUUCCGGCGCUACGGCCGCUCGCUGCACGCGCGCAUCGAGCAGUGGAACCACAACUUCAGCUUCGACGCGCACGACCCGUGCGUCUUCCACGCCGCCACCGUCACGGCGCUGCUGGAGCACUACAAGGACCCGUCGGCGUGCAUGUUCUUCGAGCCGCUGCUCACCGCGCCCGUGCCGCGCACCUUCCCCUUCUCGCUGCAGGGCCUGGCGCGCUCCGCCAUCUGCUGCCGCGUCUCCUACGACGGCAUUGGCGCGCUGCUGCUGCCGCCGCCGCUGCAGGACUACCUCAGGGAGUACCACUACAAGCAGCGCGUGCGCGUCCGCUGGCUGGAGAGGGAGCUCAAGGCCAAGUGAGAGAGACGCUGCUGCUGCCCGGUGGCGGCUUGACCGCAGGGUGCGUGUGCGUUUGCAGUCCAGGAGGCCGCUCAGUGCUCUGGAGUGGCCUGU